CCCCGCCCCCUGACUGCUGCGCGACCAUACUGUGGGAAGAAGCGUGCAGUGUGACGUCGUCUGUGUGCGUCGCGUGGCAAAGAACGAUGGCGGAACUUGAGAAACAGAAGGUUAUCAAGCUGGUUCCUGAGAACCUUCUUAAAAAGAGGAAAGCAUAUCAGGCUAUUAAAGCAACCCAAGCCAAGCUUGCUUUACUUGAAAAGAAAAAGGUACACAAAGGAAAAUCCCUAAAGUUUGUACGCCUUGAAGAGUUUCAGAAGAACAGCAAAAAGAGUCAUCGGGAUGACCUCCGUAUACACAGAGCCAAGCAGAGGCCUCCCCCUCCAAUGCCACCAGCCAAGAACACUUUGGCUUUUGCUGUCCGUGUUCGAAUGAUCAAAGGUGUCAGCCCCAGGGUUAAGAAGGUCAUUCAUAUGUUGAGGCUACGGAAAAUCUUUAGUGGUACCUUUGUCAGAAUCAGCAAGACAUCACUCAAUAUGCUCAAAAUUGUGGAACCAUAUGUGGCCUGGGGGUUUCCCAAUCUGAAGUCUGUUCGUGAGCUCAUCUUAAAAAGAGGCCAGUUGAAGAUUAAAAAGAAAAAAAUUCCUCUUACAGAUAACACGGUUAUCGAGCAGCAUCUUGGGGAGCAUGGAAUCAUCUGUUUAGAGGACCUCAUCCAUGAGAUUUACUCCACUGGCAAGCAUUUCAGGAUGGUGAACAGGCUCCUCUGGCCAUUCCGCCUGUCAGUACCACGACAUUCUGCCAGAGAUAAAGUCGGCCUUUUGAAAGAGAUGGGGGAUCCUGGACCUAGAGCUGAAGACAUUAAUUCAGUCAUCAGGAAAUUCAACUGAGUUGAGCUCAUAAUGUACUGCUUACAGGGCCAGUUGCUGGAAAGCCCAUACAGCCUGUCUCACCAAAAACAGAUUCAGUGUCCGGAGUAUUGGACCAGAUUCUUCUCACUUCUUCCUCAAAGAGGAUUACUGGACCAGAUUUAUUAUGAACUGUUGAAUGGUUGGUAACCUGAUUGUAAGGAUUGAACUGUGUUUACCAUGGUGUCAUAGGUCACACUAUUUAAAUGUCAAUGUGCUUUGUAAUGAGCACUACUUGUCUUGGAAGAAUGCAGAGGCAAAGCUUAUUUUCUUGCUGUAUUAAUAAAUGUAAGGUUUGAUUUUGUUUA